AUGUUUUUCCAUUUUUUCUUUCAAAUUUUCUUCUUUUCUAAAAAUUAUUUUUCUUACAUUUCUUUGUUCAUAAUUUUGUUUAAAUUCUCUUUUUUUAAUAUGAUAUUCCCUUUGUUUUUAUUCACAUCAUUUUUUUUCUUUUUUUAUCUUCUUCAACCCUCAUUUUUAUCAUUUUUCUUCCUUUCCUUGUCAUUUUCUUUAUUAUUUCCUCUUUUGUUUGCUGUUUUCCUCUCCCCUUCAAUACUCUUAUCCUCACCCUUUCCAAUUCUUUACUUCUUUAUCUUCUUUUCAUAUUUUCACCCUGUUUAUGUUUUUUACCUUUUUUUCUUUCCUCUUCUUUCCUUUCAUCUUUUUUUUCAUUUUUCCAAUUUCUGUUUCACAUCCUCCUCCCUCUCUUUCCUCAUCAUCCCAGUCUUUGCCCUCUCCUGGGUAUGGGAUCUAAUUAGUUUUUCCUUUCUUUUUCCCAUCAUUCCCUUCAUUUCCCAUUGUGUCUUUAUGAUCAAAUUCUUUUCUCUCUCUCCAUCCUAUAUUUAUUUCUCUUUCCUACCUUUGUCUUUUUCUUCCUCUUCUUCUUCACAUGUUUCUUCCCUCACAUUUCAUUUCCUCAUUAAUCAAUAUUUUAUAUCUUUCUCCUUUUCCUAUAUCCUCUCUUUUCUCAUCCCUUAUUUUGCACUUAUCCUUUCUUUUUUUUCUCUUUAUCCUCUUCUACACUUUGUUUCCUUUACCUUCCCUUUCUAUAUCCUUCUCUUCCCAUUAUUAAAAUAUUUUCUGUACCUUACAUCUUUCUCUAGGUUCUUCAUUUUGUAUUUCCCUCGCGUCAGUAUCUUACUCAUCCUCCCCUUCAAGUCAAAUCUUGGAGAAUGUUUUUAA